GAGAAGUUGGCGAGGAGGCCUGGAGAACUCAGGAGUUUCCAGGCUGUGCUGCCUCCAGAGCUCUGGAUCCACUUGGCCGUGGUGGCCUGUGGCAAUCGGCUGGAGGAGACACUGGUCAUGCUCAAAUCAGCUGUACUCUUUAGCCACAGGAAGAUCCAGUUCCACAUCUUCACAGAAGACUCUCUGAAGCCAGAGUUUGAGAAGCAGUUACGACAGUGGCCUGACUCAUAUACAAAGAAGUUCGAGCACCGAAUCUACCCCAUCACAUUUUCGGUUGGAAACCCUCAGGAAUGGAAGAAAUUAUUCAAACCGUGUGCUGCUCAGAGACUCUUUCUUCCGGUGAUUUUAAAGGAUGUGGAUUCACUUCUCUAUGUGGACACCGACGUUCUCUUUCUGAGACCUGUCGAUGACAUAUGGAAGCUUCUGAGGCAGUUUAAUGCCACCCAGCUUGCAGCCAUGGCCCCUGAGCAUGAAAUCCCCAAGAUUGGCUGGUACAGCCGCUUUGCUCGGCACCCUUUCUAUGGCUCUGCGGGAGUUAAUUCAGGAGUCAUGCUGAUGAAUUUAACUCGUAUAAGAAGUGCCCAGUUUAAGAACAGCAUGAUUCCAACAGGCUUGGCUUGGGAGGACAUGUUGUACCCUCUGUACCAGAAGUACAAGAAUGCCAUCACAUGGGGAGACCAGGAUUUAUUAAAUAUUAUUUUUUAUUUCAAUCCAGAGUGUCUCUAUGUGUUCCCGUGCCAGUGGAACUACCGUCCCGAUCACUGCAUGUACGGAAGCAACUGCAAAGAGGCUGAGCGGGAAGGCGUGUCUGUUCUGCACGGGAACCGAGGCGUCUACCACGAUGAAAAGCAGCCAACUUUCAAAGCACUCUAUGAAGCGAUACGGGAUUUUCCCUUUCAAGACAAUCUCUUUCAAUCCAUGUAUUACCCUCUCCAGCUGAAGUUUUUGGAGACUGUGCACACUUUAUGUGGACGAAUCCCACAAGUGUUUUUGAAGCAAAUCGAGAAAACAAUGAAAAGGGCUUACGAGAAACACGUCAUCAUCCAUGUGGGCCCCAACCAGAUGCACUGAAUAUUUUUCAUAUUGUUGCAAGCGGAUUGGGCAUCUCAAGAACAAGGACAUGUCCAUCUUUAAGCUGCCUGGGUCUCUUUCGUGUGAAUAUUUAAUGGUGCUCUGUGACAAUUGCGUUUUAAAAGCUUCGUUAAAUGUUGCUGAAUUAGUCGCCCCUAAAAGGAAAUGUGCUUUAAUUUUUUCUAAAAUGGUAUUUAUCUCUCUCUUUU